CGGCGUUAGGCGGGUUCUCAGAAGUAGAGCUAGAGGAUCGUUAUGGAGAAAAUUUACGCCUCUUGCAGAAGCUGGUGCUGUGCGAGAUCGUACUAGGAUGUUGGAAGGGGAGGUUGGCGUUGUUCGAUGCUUUGAGUUUAUGGAAGAACAAUCAAUAAAUCACAAUUACACGACUACAGUACGUAGGAUUAAGCAGCUGUUGCAUCUUCCAUGAGAAGAAACAGAAAUUAACCAACGACCACAACCAGAACCAAAAGAACAUGGAUUCUCUUGUUCAUGGAUUCUCUUGUUCAAAAGAAACAAACAAACAUGGAUUCUCUUGUUAUAAACAUGUAAUAUCCGGCAUCACCGGAUUAUACCACAACAUUUCAUUCAUCUCCACCAUAUUUCAUUCUGUCCGCAUUGUGGUCAAUUGCUUCGGACUGGCUUGGAUAUCUAUCCGGAACAGCACACGAUCCUAGACUUCCCUCUUUUGACUUUACUGCAAAAGAAGGCCUUUCUUGGUGUCACGUUUUUCGAGGAUGGAGACGACCGGGAAGAAGAAGAAGAAAGGAUCUUAUGACCAGUGAGGUCAUUAUUCUUAUUGGAAGAAGAACAAACUAAUUGAACAAAUGCUGGAAAUGCACUCGAGGUGGACGAUGCUGCAUCAUUAUGUCUCUAGUAAAUCAUUGUUGUUUGCGAAAUGCACUGUCUCCCACGCCCAGACUGUCUGGAGCCAUGGCCCCUGAAACCAAGCCAGAAAUCUUCUAAUUCCAAUUCUAAUCUCUAAUAUGAACUCGCGGGAGUAGCACAACAUCAACAGCCAAAGAGGAUAUUCCCGCUGCGUUUUUAUUGGAGAAAUUGGAGGAGACUUUGAGCGCAUUGUCCUUCACACUGCCUGCUGCCAUAGUGAAAAGACUAGAAGGAGCACAGAGACAUGUAUGAAGACAGGGAAAGGGGAAACUAUGGUCAACAUUUAGUGUCCAUCAUUCUCGGCAUCUUGGUCCCCUUUUGUUCCCCUGUAUUCUUCUCAUGAAUAUUACAAGGUAAAAGGGACCCCAAGAAAAGGGGGGCCGAGAUGUAAUCUAGCAGACUCUAAGGAGAGAUCGCUCACUCGUGAUCCUAGAAGUGUCAUUAUAUACUUUCUCCUAAUGCGUCGAAAAGAUUCCUUACUUGUGAUAGAAGUCUAUCGUAGUACAACUUAUUCGAGAACGUCAACAGUAUGCUCAAGGAGGUCAUGAGCAGUUAGCAGCUACUACCUACUAAGUAAGUUAGAAAUACAACAAACUAAAUGUUGUUGCCGAUACAGAGGAGAAAAAUCUACUGUGUCGAGUGCUAUCGGAUUGCAUUCCUUGUUCUAACCCUCGUCCUCGCGUCUACCUCCUAUCCGAAGGAUGAAGAGGACCCCCUGCGGGAAGCUUUGUUGGACUUGCUACUUUUUCAAUCUGCUUCGGAUGAUUCAGAUGACAAAGAACUUGAAUAUUGGCAAUCUAUGACACGAGAAGGUGUACUCAUCGUCAGAAGAUUUGCUACUUCCCUGCUCAAAAAAUUUGAGCUAAGUACUUAGACUUGCUUAGUAGUACUUCUAAGUUGUAUGAGGAGCUUACUUAAGUUUAUUAGGGGUAGUCAAACACAAACUAUUUUUAGCAGCUCAAGUCGGGCAUGCUAAGUGAACAGGCCAACGCCUAAACCACUAAGCCAACUGCGCAGUUAGCUUAGAAGUGGCUUAGGCGUUGGCCUGUUCACUUAAGUCACUGAGUAUGAUGAGUGCGCCUUUUCGUGUCAUACAAUGCAUGUUAUUACUCCAAGACGUUCCGGUUCUACAGUUCGCGCAGAAGAUGGGUUUUUUGAAGGAACUUUUCGCUUUGCACGAACCAGCUGAACUGAAGAUGCUUUUCGAUGAAGGGCUACCCCACAUGGCGUAUUUGAUUGUUAUGAAGCACGUUUGAUUGAGGGUCUACCCACAUAGCGAUAGCACAUUUGAUCGUUAUGUGGAAAAUUGAUUAUGCCCUUCGAUGAGGGUCUUCCAACAACACAUGAUGUUAACAUGUGAUCAAUAGGUCUGCAUACCUUCUAACAUGAGUGCAAAAUCCAGAGAAAAAAUCGAGGAGGCGCGAGAUUGGGCCGCGAACAGUUUCGACAUGAAACAGUUUCGAGAUCAGAUGGCACAAGUAGAUGCCACAACUAGUACCUUCGAGAUGAACCCAACAAGAACAGCUGCACCAAAUCUAAAACAAUUUUGGCUUGGAAGUUGACCCAUCUAGGAGCAUAUCUAUGACCUUUUCAAGGAAGAAAAGGAUAGAUGUGCAGCUGGAUCGGUCAACCUGCAACCGCUAAAACAACAAGAAGAUGAAGAAGACGCCAUCGAAAUGACUACCAGCAACCAGCUGGGAAGCGUCAUAUCGUCCCAAGUUCGCGGGAGUCAACCUCUACUGCGAGGACCUGAUGGAGGUGGAGAUGAUGGCACAGUACAUCUUCCCCGACUUGUUGAAUCUACUACUUUACAACCUGAAUCUACUUCACAACGACCUGAAUCUUUUCUACAGCCUUCAUCCUUUGCACCCAGACUUUCUGGGCAAGAAGAUCAAAAACAAAAUGCGCAAGAUCAAGAGGGACAUCCAUCUUUUUCACCUGAAGCUAUAUUCAUGGGACUGGGAAGGGAUAGCUUUGCCAAAAGAAUUGUUAAGGCUACUCCAAAUAUCUACAGCACGACUCGUAGGUACUGCUACUUGUACUUACUUUACUGUAGUAAGAAAGUAUGUUUAUAAUAUUACAGAAAACUUUAAUAUAGACAGUGGGAAGGUGGGCACGGUGGGCGGAUCCUUGGCAGACAUGCGGAGCACGGUUGGCGCACGCUGGGCGCGUAUGGCGUUGCCCCGCUGCUUCAGAUCAUGCGCAGGGCCGCAGACAAGGACCACCCGGCGCUGCGCUCCUGUGCGUGGUGGCCUCGUUCUCGCUGCUUGCAAUGCUUCGCUGCUGCAUCGCAUGCACUGCGUCGCGGCCUGGGUGUGUACAGUGCUGCUGUGUGCAGUGCUCUGCUGCAGUGUUCGGCGCUGCUGGUGGGUAUUUCCAGACGGGUCAGUAAGUGCGCGCCCGGAUUCGUAUGCAGCUUGUUGCGCAUUUAAGGUUCAAACGCUUGCUCUGCCAACCGGCUUCAGAAACAGGCGCCCGGAGAGCGCUUCGAUUUUUGACCCCCGGCCUCACGGUGGGAGCACGGUGGGCGAAAUGUUUGGCAGAAGAGGCACUUUGAGGUCGCCCAGCGUGCCAAGCGUCCCCAGCGUGCCAAUUGUGGCGAAGGAGUGAACCUCUCUCCUUGACACCAGGACAAUCCAAGAAAUUCAAAAAAGUAUGUGACUCUACUCAAGAAAGUAGAUAAUGCGGACGCAGUAGUGCGUGGCUCUAAGAUUGAGGAGUACACCAACGAUUUUCAAUUGGUGGAAUAUUCGACGUUUGCUCAGCUCUACGUGAGGACGCUGGCAGGCUGGCCUCUUCUUGCAGCAAUCACUGCGCUUCCUUUUUUCUAAGAAAAAGGGUAGAUGCCGAGGCAGAAGUAGACGGGAUAGAGAUCAUCAAUCUACUCGUGAACUUGAAGUAAAAACCGAGUUAGAAAUGACUGUAGGAGUAGGAGAGGUACCUUCAACAAGUCAGUUUAUCGAGUAUAACCAAAUCUACAUCAAUCAUUUUUCUUUAGUGGAGGUUUCUAGACUCCAUUCUUCUUCUGCUGUGGAAAACUCACUGACUCUAAACUCCAUUUUUCUUCUGUGGCGGUCUUGCUGGUCCGCAAUCUGAUUUCACAUUAGGAAGUCGCCAGAACCUGAUGCAAGCUUUCGGCUUAGACGUUUUGGGGGACAAUCUGAGUCCUCUGUUGAACUUGGCACCGAUCGAUUUUGGGGAUGUACGGGAUGACCCUGAAGGGCAGGAUGAUGCAGCCGAUGAGAAUCGUCGUGUGAAUUUACCACCAAGAGCAGCAGCUUACUCAACAACUAUUGAUCAUCUUCCUACUCGUCAACUACUCGACGAACAAGAACAAGAUAUCACUAGACGAGACGGACUGGUGCAGCAACAGCAUGAUGUAGUUAACGACGCAGUAGAAGUUGAAAAAGUAGUACUAAAAGAGGACGAUUACAAGCACAUAGAACUAGAUGAAGAGCCACUAGUAGAAGUACAACAACAGCAACAUACUCCGGACUCGUCUGGAGGUGUACUAGGGAGACGGGGAAGAAUUUCCUCAGGAGAGGAGCAGAAAAGGCGAAUGCUCUUAGCACGGAAGGCAAAUCUGUAUCAGCUUUCUCAGCCUGCGGAGAAGAGUCAGGCUGCUCUCAGAGAUGCGGCAAAUUUACGCCAGCAAGAAGAGGACGCUUUGAGCCGGGUAAUUCUACCGCCACACGCGUCAAUGAGCCUGAGCAGAAGUAUGAAAAUAUCAAGGACAGAUGGGGAGACCAGAUUGUGGUACAUCGACGUCUCGCUUGCUCUGACGCUUUUUCUGACCGUUGCCUUGUGCUUUUUCGUACUGUUCCUGAAACAUCACCUAGCCCUAGCCCAAGUCCGUCUGAGGGAGAACCGAAAAAAGAACAUGCAGACUUUCUCGAAGCGCUAUCCUCGCACGCAUACAAAAAGGACGAGUCAUGGUUCCCGAAAGAAGGAGGUAGAGUUAAGGCGACCGCCCAAGCAUCCUCAACGCCGUCCCUGCCUUCUUUUUCAAGGGGGGAAAGGGCUCAGGGAUGCACCCAGGGAUGCGACGUGGCAGCUGCAGCUCCAAAAGAGGAGGAAGAAGAUGAAGAUGAUGAGGUAGGACAACGCGGCGACGAGUCUGAUACCUCCCAAGAACAGCGGUCAUCAACUGUGACAUUUGCCGGAUCGACAUCGACAAGAACCACGACGCCUGAUGUUGAUUUUUAAGGCUCCUACAAUAAUUCUGUACUUAUAUAUCUUUUAGUACCUACUAUCCUUCCUUUUUCUUUUCCUAGUUAUCUUGGCUCCCCCCGUAUAUUAUCUGUAACCCAUGAUCUCGGUAAUGAGUAUAGAGAAAUAUUAUCUAAUGUGACCCAUCUACUUACUCUAUAGUUAUAAUCUAGUAGAGAUCCCUAUCCCUUGAUGUUGAUCUAGAAGAUGUACUGGAAGAUCGUCCCUCGCUGCACUUAUAGAGAUCCAUAUCACGUGGAUACUCUUGAGGCAUCUCCUCCACAGCAGGGGUUUAAAGAGUAUAAAUUAGAAUGAAGAAAAAUUUGGGAUAGCUAUAGUUCCUUCUAAGUUCUUUCGCCAAGUCCUCCAACGCCGGAUGUAGUUAAUGCAGCAAAUAGACGCCGCAUUGGGAGACAGGCAGACAUAGCAGAUCGGGUUGCGAUGUCGAUAAUGCUGGAACGCGAGUCAUUGUCGGAUAUUUUAGCUGCAACAUUUUAUGCUUUUUAGAAUAGCUGCCUGGAUCCCUCGUCUUCUGAUAUGUGUGACACCCCUUAUAAACUUGUUAGGGGACAUCACAACCACACCCGUGCUCCUCAAGCUUGGGAGAAAUGAAUCGCUACGGGGAAACCGCUACAGAUCGAGACGCAACAGAUCCAGUAGUUUUAAGCAUUCAAACAUUGCGCGGGAGUGAUCCAAAAAAGGACUUUUUCGAUAAGAAGCUUGGAGAUCUCAGCGAUGCUCUACUCGCAUUAGAAACUCAGGGAAGAACAGAGCAAUUGAAUUUGCAGGGCGAUUUCUUGAAGAAAGUAGGUUUGAGAAGUGAACCUGAAGCUGAACGUACAUCAAAUACGUCAACGUCACUCCCCUCAACAAGCAGGAGAACUGCAAGAAGUCCUCUCUUAGAGGGCAGUACGAGUGGUGUCUACUAUUGGCACUGCUUACAGAACUUUACAGAGACGACAUUUCAAGAGGCGGCAGCUAGCAACGUUCUCGUGCCGUCAUUGGUUGCGAGAUUCGCGCUCGUUUUUCUCCUUUUGUGCCUUCUCUCUUAAGAAAGAACUUUCCAUCUUUCUCCAACAGACUCUCCAUCAUACCUCCACGCUCCAUCUCUUGUAACUCUCCUUCUUGUUCUUGUGGAACAUAAUCAAUACCCUCACAUGCUCGUGGAACAUAAUCAAUACCCUCACAUGCUCUAACUAUCCUUCUUCCUGUUCAGCAUCAUGAAGGGCAUGUACAAGCUGCAAAACCACUUCGAGCAUCUAGUAGCAACGCGAGCCGAAAUACAGGAGGUGCUAGGGGGGUCCUUGGUCUGGUACCUCCUAUACACAAACGUUCCUGCGUUAUGGGUUGUACUAGAAAAGAAUAUUCAUACAUUCUAGAAGUAGGUCAAGUACAACCUGUAAGAAAAUCUACUCUCUCCCGGCUCUAACAGGGUUCCGGUAAUGCUCGAUGUGAAGCACUGACCUCUAGAGAAGGUCACUAUGAUCGUCGCCACAUUCAAAAUUGGGACAGAGGCGUCCAUCCUUUUUCUUGUGACUUCCACCAAGAAUAUCUACUAGACUCUUUCUACCAUUUAUAUGUAAGUACCACUGGUGCAACAGGAUCCUCUAGCUUCGCUUCGUCCACAGCUGCUAUGCAUUUUUCAACCUCCUGCUGCACUGGCAACAUCCUUCAUUCCGUCUAUAUCUUGUUGCUCAGUUCUCUCCUUUGGUUAGGGUUGUCACUGUAGCUCUAGGAUCCCUACAACCUCUAGCACCACAAGUCUUAUUCUAUUGCAAUCUUUGCGUGAGAUAUAUCGCGUAGACCAUCUAUGCCGCCCUUAUGGCAGUCUCGCACUACAAAAAAAAAAGCGAGAUUAAUUGUAUUGUAUUGUAUUGCAUUCCUCACCUACCCUCAACCUCUAACACAAGUCCUAUUCUGCUGUUUCAUGCCACUGUUUGUGCAACCUGUGGCCUAUGUGCUGGCAAAAUUAUUGACCAACCUCGAAGGCCGACUCCUGCGAGAUGGGUACAACACGUCACUGGGGCUGAAGCGAGCUUUUCUUAUGUUCCGUCGAUGUGAAUGUGUUGGUGUUUGUGUCUGUGUUAGUGUUUGUGUCGUUGUAUGUAGUGAUAAAGAUUAUAAAGAUAGGGAACAUCUUCUAGCAUUUUUCUUCUUAUGAAUCACCUAAAAAUGUCGUGAAAAGAGGUCAGAAGAUGGACGACUGAGGUGAGAGGCGCAUACGAUGAUGUCCUUGGCUUCUCCAGGAGGUGAAACCAAAGUAGAUCAAAGCGUAGUUAGAAGUUGCUUUGUUGUAGCUAGUUGUCCGUCCUAGGACCAUCUAAUGCCUUGGUACAAUCAUGUAGCAGGCGUCUCUUCUUAGCAACAUUCCUGAUCUUCAACUUCAUGUAAGAAUAUGAAUAUCUUUCUGUAGGUGUCCUCUAAUGCCCUCGAUGCCAUGGUCCAACUAUCUUGGGUUAUGUACCUGAUUUUAGUGGAGAAUGAGCCAGGUCGAGCCAGCUUCUACGGUUUGUUCGACCUAAUCCUGCGAUUUUUAAGGCUACUGCUACUAGUGUAUGAUAAUCACAGCUGUCCGCAUAUGGACAAUGCUGAGUGGACAAUGCUUUCCCUUUGAAGUCUGUCAGUGUCUACGGGAUCAUCUUCACGGAAGAAGGAACAAGGGGAACCCAGUAGACCCACUCAGCCUCCACAGAUAGCGAAAAACUACAUCUUCUAAGCUUCGGCGUAAUAAAUCCGAUUGUGCGAUUGCUCCCCUAUUUUUGGGGCCUCUAUUGUCAGAUGUCAGCGGAACGAGACCUGGUUGGGGAAGAGGAAAAGCAUCAAAAGAUAUUUUAUGGUGAUUGAUCUAGAUCUUGUAAAUGGAUUAUAGAAUCUCGGAUCAUUAGAGGAGUCGAAACCUUGACAUCGCGGUUGUAUUCGUUUUGUCGUGUUAGCAGGGUAAGAGAACUUCUAGCAACGCCAGCGCGAUCAAAACUUCGCUCUAUCAUAUAUCGUGCUCAUUCAUAUUUAUAUGGCUUAGGGCUGGACGGUGCCCCCCCUGUGGUCUGGUCUGUGGUGGCGCGCGCGCGCGCAUUCCCGCGCGGAAUCUAGUGGGGGAAGGCGUCCAAACUUGGCGCGGGCCUCCCCUUGGGCCUCUCAGCGGGUUCCUCAGGGACCUCCUGGCCUCUGCUGACCCUCGCAGGCGGGAGGCCUCCGGGGUAAAAGGGCGCCGAGGGCGGCCACGGUCGCAACAGCAAGCAAGCCAAUGACCAAGGGCCUGGAGGGAGCAAGCUGCACGGCUCAGCAGGGGGCCCGGCCCCUCGCCUCCUGCCGCCUUCAGAGGCCUUCCAACACCGGCGCACUGCUGCGGCGGCGACGCAUAUCGGAGGCACUUAGGGCACAGGCAGGCACCUGGAAGGGGGCGCGGGCGGGGAUUUGGGCUCCUUUUGAAGCCUCCCACCUACAUCGGGGGCCUGUAGGCAACAGCCAAGCAGCGGGAAGGAAGCGGAGGAGGCUACUUGGCCGCCUCUUGAGGCCUUCCACCUACUUACAUCGGAGGCCUCUAGAGGAGAGCCAAGCACCUGGAAGGGAGCGAAGGAGGCCACUUGGCCCCCUUUUGAGGCCUUCCACGCCCGGCAGACGCCUCCAAAAGGGGUCCGGGGCUGCCGGUACCCCCCCCUACGCUAGGGGGGGCACCGGCAGCCCCAAGCCCUGGAUCAUAUAUGAAAAAGAAAUCUUAGGCAAGCUGCCGAACAGAUCCGAUUUCGAGUCGUCAGCACAUUUGAGACGAAGACCAAGACCCUCGUCUGCGAAUCUUCAUCAUCCUCUCUCGCUCUAAUCUCCUCUCGACGCGCAAUUGAAUGUGCGGAGAAGAACAUUGGACAACUAUUUUCUAGCCAUUUCGUUUCCUUAUUGGGACCGACGUGUGGACCUCUAUGAAAGAAAAAAGUGCACUCACACUCAAAAAAAGUGGCUAUUUUCCUACAGAAUGAAAUCAUAGUCGAUUCCUUGAGUGUGAGUGCACUUUUUCGCUUCAUAACCUCUAUGGAGAAUACAUGGAGCUUUUCGUUUCGUUCUGCUAUGUUUGUUUAUGGAGCAAGGAGAAGGAUCUUCCAACGGACUGUGAGUUGUCUGUGUGUCUCUCUAGUAAAUAGUCUCGAGGCCGUCUCCAUAGACACACCGUUCGUCACUAUCUUGUCUUGCUGGCAGUGGAGUAGUACUGUCUAAGACACAAAUGAGUGAGCUAGUGCAUCUAAAUGCUUUGGUACUCAUACCAGGGAAAGAUCUUGCGUUGCAUCAAACGUUUAACCUUGUUGUAGCUUUUUUUGAGCUUCUACGGCAAUCAUGCGAGGACUGUUGCAACAGCAGCAUCGUUGUUGUUUAUUCUGGUAAAAACUACAACAUGUAUCAGAACAUCAGUAAAAUGUUGAUAUUCAUAUUUGUUCCUACAUACGCCCAUAUAGCGGAAUAUCAGAAUAUCCAUCAGCCUAAACGAACUCUCUAACUUGCCUCCUCUUCGUUUUGUUACCAGUGUUGAUUCCUGUCGCGUGGCUUCACAUGUGGCUGCAUUCGCGGACCCAUACGCUGACCCUCACAACCCUCAGCCGAAGAAAUUACAAGACAUCGGGAUUGACGAAAGUUAUGAUUUUAAGAUGGCUGACAGAUAUCCAACAGUGUAGGUUUUUAGAAACAGAAACAAUUCAACUUGAAAAAACUUGACAAUUCGAGAGUGUAGGUGUUUGCUUUUUUUAUCCACUACCUGACAACCGUUCUUUAUUGUGUCUCAUAUUUUGCGGAAUCAACAUACUAGCAGCUAGUCCGACUCAAAUCGAUCAACAACUUUUCCGCAAUCGACCACAAGCUUGUUAUGUUUUUACAUGCAUGUAGUGUGAAAAAUCUAUGUAAUAUUACACCUUCGGACGAGUCGAGCAGGUCCUAACCGAUCUUCCUGGAACUAACAAGAUUACUGCUCCUCGCCUCUACGUUCUAAACGAAAAGUCCUCAGCGUUUUCGUUACUCUUCACGCGGCUGCCAGCUUGCUAUUUUUGACAUGGAACUGGGCCUACGUUUCAACCCGGUUGAUUAAGGCAACCAAGGAGGCAUCCUCAGCAUCAUCCCGAAGCUCUUUUUCAAGGGGAAAAGGACCCAAGGGUUAGGGUUUAGGGAUGCUACGCGGUAGCUCUAAGUUGAACGUGGUCAGCACUUCUCGCAGCACGAUCAUCAUGGUAGCUGGUUAUGAUACAUCAGGACUAAUGAAGCGAAGAAGAUCGAGUCGUUUAGUACUGACUAUGCAUAUAUUGAAAAUGAUUGAAGCAGGACUCUUGGGUUUGAAGGAGUUUCGUAGCAAGGGUGAAAUGCACGACGUGCCUCGUAGAUUACUCUUGAUCUGAAGAAUUGUCUCGGUAUUUGGUAAAAACCUGAAGUUGAUCACAGGGAUUCUCUUCCUGUUUUCCCUUAAUAUGAUCAAAAUCAGGUCAUUGAAUCAGGGAACCGAACGAUACAUCGUGAUCGUUGAUCUUCAAGUUCCGCGAUUCAUUUCACAUGUUCUUCUUGUGAGCCUGAGUGCCAUUCUGAACAAUAACAGUGAACCCUUCCUCCCAUUCUGAGUAUCAUGAACAUAAAUAAUAGCCCAAAAAGAUUCUUGCUCUUCAGUUUCAGUAGUAAUAUGGGUAAACAUUAACAUACACCACGCCUCUGCUCUAUCUCAUCCCAAAUUCCAGUAUCUUCCCAAUCUACAUCUGUUGAGUGAACCCCUCAUCUAAAUCUAAAUCUAUAAAUCCCAAUGAUCCCUAUCCUUCAUACUAGCGCAUUAUCUGUGACCUUCUUUCUGUACAUGCACCUUCUAGUCCCGCCUAGGCCAGAGCAUCUACAAGUACGCCGUCUCCUGGACCGGGCAAGGAGUAGAUUGCGCAGUUUGAUAGGAGGAUGAAAAAGGGACGACCUACAACAAAAAACAUCAGUGGAAGAGGACUACUAACAUUUUUGAUUAACCUGAAAUUAGCUUCAUCUUGAAAUUGGUGUGGAGAUACGAAUCAUAAUAUAUUUGUACGAGCACAAAUCCGACUCAACUAACUACGUCAUCAUUGGUUCGUACCGGCACGAGAUUGAGAUUCUUGUUACUGCUUCAUUAAUAUUGAUAUUCAUCUUAGUAGAAAUGCUGGAGAGAAAACACGCAUGAUCUGAGACCUUUCUCACUUCGUUGAUUGCUGACAAGGACAUCAUCUGUUGCUGUUGUGCUGUCUGAUGUGGACACACAUGGAUUUCUUGCUUUUCCUGCAGUUGAUUUUGGAGGUUUUUCGAAGGCAGUAAACAACUCGUUUGCGCAGUGCAGAU